CAGGCAGGCUGCUUAUUCCAGUCUCUCCACAAGGUGGACACCAAGCACAUUUUCUCUGAUUUACAAGUUGUCCUUAAGAGGUGAUAUAUCAUUCAACUCGUGCCAACUGGUUACUUCGUAUGAAGCAAUAAUCCCAUCUGAGAUUUCACAUAAGGUCUACUGGAAGUUCGAUCCUCUGCUCGCUCAUACAGACGCGCUACGUAAAUACACUCAUCCAUUUCCAAACUUGAUCUCUGGUAGCUAAAGAAAGGACAAUGUUAAGCCUCUUGUCAAGAAUUGUGACUGGAGGCGAUAGUGAACAAUGUUCAGCGUUAAGUGACAACAUGAACUCCCUGGUUGUCUCGGACAGCUCGUCACUGUCAGACGACACUGACGAAGUAGUCAACCAAUUCCUGCCAACCACAAAUAUCGACCAGACGCAGCUGGUAGAAGCAGCAAAACACAAGGCUCAGACCUCCCUAAUACAGUCCAACUCGUUAGAGGAUAUAGGCGAGGGGACGACUGUUAAGACGGUUCCGGUCGUUCUCCCAAGUCAGGAUGUUUGUCGUCGCAUCUUGGAGUUGGUCGAGUAUUACCUUAGUGACCACAAUCUGGUGAAAGACAUGUUUCUGCUUAAGCAUGUAACCAAGCACCACGAGGGUUACAUCUCCCUCAAGCUGAUUACAAGCUACAAGAAAAUUAAGCGCCUCACCAAAGACUGGAGGGUUGUCGCACAUGCGCUGAAACAUUCGAAGACAUUAGAAAUGAAUGACGAGGAAACAAAAGUUCGACGUCAAAACGCAUUACCCCAGAAACUAGAAGAGGACACGCGGACCUUCAGGACAUUACUUGCCACAAAUAUCUCUAAGGAACAAGCUAAUAUGAACAAUUUAGCAGAGUUUUUCGCAAGGUUCGGCGAAAUAACGUCUCUGCAAUUGCACAAACCCGGCGGGAGAUCCAUAGAAGAGGUGCGACAAGCUGAACGUCAACAUCCCGGCAUCAUUAAUACCUUUUGCGCCAUUGUGGAGUACGAAAAAGUACACUAUGCCAGACAUGCACUCAAAUUUAUAAUUAAUAACCCACAGUGUAGCAUGAAGACAUUGGAACUACCUCGUAAGAAGCAUGAGACUGGCUCUCUGCUGAAAACCAAAGCAAACGCUGAAGGUGAGAGCGCUUAUUAUAGCACCUCUGAUGUGUCGGAGCGAACGUCACCCAUCAGCCGUAUGAAAGCCUUCUGCGAACCGUUAUCUCUAUCUUCUUCCAUAGCCUCAUGUCCCAUCUUAUCGCGUCAUCACUGUAAGCCGCAACUUUCCUCGCCAGAGUCUUCUCCUCCCUCGUCUUACAGCCCCCCUUGUGGCCCUUCCACGCCUUCUUCGUCUCCUGAAGACCGCCCUCUCUUUUUGUCAAGAUAUGAGGUACCUGGGUCUUCUCCACUACCGCGUCGUCACCUGGGUCUAAGGAACAUUAAUUCGACACCAUGCUCUCCAAAUGUUUGGCGUCGUAGGAACCUCACAAACAAUGCCAAGGUUAACGAUACCGGAUCACCAGCACCCCUGAGUCCUUGGUUACGACGUCGAGUUGCUACUUCUGCAGGAAGUUUUGGUUCUGGCUCAACGGCGUCAUCCCCCUCGGCCUCUCCCAGUCUCCGGCGACGCCAGGACGGCUCUGUCUUGGUACCUGAGAACGUCACACGGUUCCCCAAGGGUCCUGACGGCUCUCGAGGGUUCCUCCCUCGUCAGCAAACAAUGAACGCACAGGCUUGAUGCACCACACACAACCUUCCUCAACUUAACAUACAAGAGCUCGCUCGUUUAUAAUUAAUAAAACAGUCCAAUAGUGGUUAUAUGUAUAUACCUGCAACGUACUGUACAACGUACAGGUGUUAACUAAAACAAACACAGCUUACACUAAUUAUGAAUACAUAUGUAUAAUGCCUUAAUUAGUUUAUAUUAUAAUAAAUA